AUGUCUCGCCAAUACUCAACGACAUCGACUACUACGACGAGCAGUAGCAGCGACAGUCAAUCUCCAAAUCGAAUCGGGGGCAGUGUCGACCCGCCAAUCGUGGCCACAAACGUCGAUCUCUACGCCUCCAGGCCCAAAUCUUCCGUGGGGCCACCAUUGUUUGGCAUAGAGAAUCUGGAACCCCUACUUCACGGCAAUGUGACCGCCGUGGUACCGCAGCCCAAUGUCAGGCCGAUCAUUGCUGGACGCAGCGUGAUAAUAAACAGAAGCGUGGCAGACCCUUUCAACCGGGGAAGUAGGGCCUACCAUUCGGAAAAAAUGUACAGGGUUGUAAACCUGGGGUCCAUGCAGCCAGGAACCUACGCGGCGGUGGCUACCACUGGGGUGGGGGCCGUCAUGGAGUCGAGAGAUAAGGAGAAGAGAGAUAUGCAGGAUUUGAACGAGAGGCUGGCUAAUUAUCUUGAGAAGGUCAGAUUUCUGGAAGCCCAAAAUAGAAAUCUCUGUAUCGAAUUAGAGCGCUUGAAGCAGAAAUGGGGUCAAGAAACGAGUCAGAUCAAAUCCAUGUACCAGAUUGAACUCGAUGAGGCCAGAAGACUAUUGGACGAGGCAGUGAAGGGCAAGGGCAAACUCGAGAUCAAGGUCGCCUCCUUGGAGGAAUACAUUGAGGAACUGAGACAGAAACUAGAGGAAUCGAACUCGGUGGCUCUGCAAUGGAAGGAGAAGUGGGAAGGUUCCAUUCAGAGAGUGUCAGAUGCGGAGGCAGAAGUCUCAGCAAUCAGAAGAAGGAUGGAAGGAAUGGAGGUGGAGAAAGAAAGAGAUAAGAAGGCCCUCGCUAAGCUCCAAGAAUUGCUGGCUAAUGUCAGACAGGACUUGGACAACGAAUCGUAUUCACACUUGGAGGCAGCUAGCAGGCUGCAGUCGUUGGAAGAGGAGCUGGCUUUCGUUAAAGCUGUACACGAGCAGGAGAUGAAAGAAAUGGCAGCUCUCGUGAACAGGGACACGACUUCAGACAACAGAGCCUUCUGGAAGAAUGAGAUGGGAGCUGCCUUGAAAGAGAUCCAAGAGAUGUACGAAGAAAAACUGGAUACGCUGCGCAGCGAUAUGGAAUCUUCCUAUAAUUUUAAAGUCCAGGAAUUCCGCACGGGCGCCACAAAAAACAACAUGGAGGUUGUGCAUUCGAAGGAAGAAAACAAAAGAUUGAAGACGACUCUCGUCGAAUUGAGGGACAGACUAUCUCUGUUAGAAGGCCAGAACCUCGGUCUACAGAGAGAACUCGAAUCUCUUAAGAGAGAUGGUGAAGUGAGAGAGAGAGAUCUGGAGAGAGAAAACACUCUCCUCAAGACGGAUAUAGCUAAGCUGAGAGCCGAAAUGGACGCCAUUAUGAUGGAGCUGCAGCACAUCAUGGACACGAAGCUGGGCCUCGAGAUGGAAAUUGCGGCCUACAGGAAGUUGUUGGAGGGAGAGGAACACAGACUUGUAGAGUUAGAAGCGCAUUUGAACAAAGCGACAAAAGCUACUCCAGCGCCGCCACAAGUGGCGCCAAAACCAUACAAAGAAUCAUCAUCAUCUUCAACUACUACUACCACUACCAUUAACAGAAGUGGUAGUAGUUUCAGCAGUAAUAGUAGUAGUAGCGGUGCUAGUAGUAGUAGCGGUGGUGGUAGUAGCAGUAGUAGCGGUUACGGCGGUAGCUUCUACAAGAAUGAACAAAGUAGCAAAGCAGCAGCGAGAUCCGGCCAGCCGAAAUAUUCUUACCAAAGAAACUCCAAAGGGCCUUGCGGGAUUGCAGAUGCGGCCAUGAAUGGCACCUUUGUCGUUCUGGAGAAUACCGGAAGAAAGGAGGAAAACAUCGGACAGUGGACGGUGAAGAGGAUUCUGAGCGAUGUAGAAAGCUUGGAGUAUGUUCUCCAACCGAACGUCUUCAUCAAGCCUAACACUACUAUCAGGCAGUCUACUUCGCUCAUCACUUUAUACAAAUGGGUACUAAUAGAGAAUAUCUGGAGCCUGGGUUCGAAACCCUCCACUGCCUUAUACUCCGACAUUGAGUCUGAACUAACCAGCUGGGGUGUGGCCGACAACGUUGUGACCAAACUGAUUGCCCCGAAUGGAGAGAUGACCUUUCUUCUUGCUCCCUGUGUCAAGUCUGAAGAAAAAGCACAGGCGAGCCCUUGCUGCUGUGAAAGUGACAAGAAAAUUCAUUUUGUGGAUGAGAUUUUUUCGAAUUUUCAAAAAUUUUUUGCCAGGAAAAAAAUUAGAUGUUCAACAUUCUUGAAAGUUUUUACAGGUGUAAGCCAAAACAUUUGA